AAAAACAAUCAGUUGACUUUCGGAGCCUACAUGGAAUUCAGUGAACCUCCGCUGACAGUAAUAAGCCCAUUGUGCCUUACCAGUCGAAGUACCGAUACAUUAGCCGGCUUAAAUAGUGCUAUUAUUUACUUCAUCUUCGGAAAAUAUGAUGUGUUGAGAGUGUUUUAGCAUCGAUUUUCCUUCAGUAAGCUCAGCCUAUGGAGUGACAUUACUUUGAGAGUUAAGUUGAUUGAACGUGAUUCAUGGACUGACUUGUGUGAUUAUCGCAAUGCUUUCUAUAUCCCGUCUAUAGAAUAAUUGCCAUAGUAUAAUACUAUAAGAAUUGAACGAGUAUCCAUCAACAUUCCAUCAAAGAAUGCUCCGUGUCUAAAAUUUCCAUGUUUUACGUAUAUUUACCAGUAAAAAUUUUCUAUCGGACUUUGUUUCAAUAAUCAAAAUGCAAAUUCGGAACUGCGGUCUGUUUUCUUACACCAUACUGGUGUUUUUAACUCAAGUUUUUGGAUUUAACAUUGAUGUAACUCAUCCAUGGACAUAUUAUGGACCCAUUCAAAGCCACUUUGGUUAUACAGUUAUGCUUCAUGAGAAUUCCAGGGAAAAAUGGUUAAUUGUAGGAUCACCAAAGGAUCAGUCAGUUUACCAGCCAACUUUACAAACUCCAGGAGCUUUAUAUAAAUGUUAUGUAUCGUCUACACAGCAAUUAUGUACCCAAGUGCGACUUGAUGUAGCAGGCAAUGAAAAAACUUCAUAUGAUGUCCGACCAUUGGUGGAAGACUUAAAGGAUAACCAAUGGUUAGGGGCUUCACUCACAAGAGAACCAUACACUGGCAAAGUUGCUGUGUGUGGUCAUCGUUGGUCAAAUACAUUCUAUGCUGAUGCUAUUCUACCGAAUGGUGUCUGCUACCAAUUAGAUGCAGCGUUAAACUACAUGACAGUGGAGAAAAUAAGGCCCUGUCUCACAGAAACUCAGAUUAAAGCUGAUGUUAAUGGAAAGGGAAUACCAUGGCAUGGUUGGUGCCAGGCAGGCUUUAGUGCCGAGUAUUCCAUAGAUGGAAACACUCUUAUCCUUGGUGCUGUGGGAUCACUUGCAUGGAGAGGAAGUGUUAUAUCUGUGACAGAGUCUAACUAUGGAGCGGAAGUUAACGUGGCAGAUGUAUCAUCUUGGUACCCUGCUAAUGAAGAAGAUGAGAGCUAUAUUGGUUAUUCUGUCAGUUCUGGGUACUUUGUGAGGUCUGAUCUUGUUCAUGGGGUGACUGGCGCCCCCAGGGCUUAUCAAAAGGGCAAGGUGUUCAUAUAUGAUUUACAGACAUUCAGUGUCCAUGCAGAAUUUUUCGGAGAGAAGAUGAACACCUAUUUUGGGGCAGCAGUGAAGGGAAUAGAUUUGAACAAGGACGGCAUGACAGACCUGUUAGUUGGGGCGCCACUCUACUCAAAAGUAUUAGAUGAAGGCAGAGUGUAUAUCUAUAUGAACAAAGGAAUGGGAAUCCUCCGGCAGUUAGAUGUAAAACUUAGUGGUUCAGAUGCCUUGAAUGCCAGAUUUGGUUCAGUAAUUGAAAACAUUGGUGAUAUCAAUCAAGAUCGAUAUGAUGAUGUUGCGAUUGGAGCACCAUACGAGGAUGAGAAUAGGGGUGCGGUGUACAUUUAUCAGACAUCAUAUUCUGGAAUUAGAACUCAAUACUCACAGAGAAUUUCAGGGAGGCAAGUUGACCCUUUUGUGAAAUCAUUUGGAAGCUCCAUCUCAGGCAAGGUUGAUGUUGAUGGUAAUAUUUAUCCCGACAUAGCUAUAGGCGCCUUUCUACAAAAUAGAGUGUUUGUUUUGAGAACACGGCCUAUUGUACAUAUGGAAUCCACUAUGACGAUCACUCCGAACCCCAUCAACAAAAACAACUCCAACUGCCUGGUUGCAGGCAAGACUGCGGUUUGUUUGAAUUUACAAGCAUGUCUACGUUACACCGGUAUAGCAGUUCCACCAUCUCUGAGUCUGAACUAUACUUUGACUGUAGAAAAGAACAAAGUACUUCAAAACCGACCAGCACGUGUAGUUUUUCUUAGUACAACAAGGACAUCUGUCUCAAGUACAGAACGGUUAGAAGUAGGGCAGCAGCACUGCUAUAAGUACCAGUUUCAAGUUAAAAAUGAAGUGACAGAUUUUCUCAGUCCCAUUCCAUUCCAUUUCACCUAUGACCUGAUCGUUCCAGAGCCACCGAUGAUCAACUGUUUGGGAGGACCAUGUCCUAUUCUUGACAUGCUUGGUUCAAGGGAUGAAUACCAACAGGUGCGGUUUGCUCACAACUGUGGUAAUGACCAGGUGUGCAAGACUGACCUAAGACUUCAAGGUGACAUUCAAAUUCCAGGAGGUUCAAGCUACCUUCCUCUAGGAUUGCAGCCCCACAUAUAUGCUUCAAUUCGUGUGGUAAACAUGGGAGAAGAGGCCCACCAGGCAAAAGUGAUCAUUGCCUUCCCACAAAAUGUGGUCUUCAUCAAAUCCGAAAAUGCUAAAACACCAAUAUUAGCUCUGUGUGAGCCAGAGGUGAAACCAAACUCUACAUUAACUACAGUGAUAUGUGAUAUUGGCAAUCCUUUGCCAGCCAAGGUGGAGGCUGCCUUCAAGUUGAAACUGGAUGUUAGUGCAGUAACGGGAGACCAACAAGGGUUCUCUGUUGCCAUGCUAGCAAACUCAUCUAGUUUUGAAACAAACAUCACCAGAAGAGACAACGCUGUGACACGAUAUGUGCGGGUCAGAGUUGAAGCUGAUGUCACUGUGAAGGGAGUUGCUCAUCCUGAGCAGGUAGAAUUUGGUCUUGAUGCAACUGACGUGGACAGUAUCUUGGAGGACUCGUUGGAUCAUGUCCUUAAUGUUUCACUUGAAAGGCAAAAGAACAAUUUGUUUAUGGCUCCCUUGGCUGAUGAAGAAAAAACCAUCGGUCCAAGUUUUACACAUGUGUAUCAUGCAAGAAACAUGGGUCCAAGCAAAAUACCAUAUCCUUCGACAGUCAACAUUACAAUUCCUUGGAGAACAAAGGAAGGAGAUUGGCUGAUAUACAUUUCACGAGUAGAGGUAGAAGGUAUCGGAGAAUGUGAUUAUGAUUCAGUCUUUAAAGCUCAACAUCAUCAAAUCAGAGAACAGUAUCAGAAUGUAACAACUGCUUUCCAAGAACUGAACACCAAUGGAGACAGCAUAUUUACAACAACAAGCAAGAUAAAAUCACAGAGAAUUAAUUGUCAAACUGCAGAAUGUGUAACACUUACAUGCAAUGUAGACGUGAUGCCGAUCGAUGCUUACCUCAUUGUGCGAAUCUAUGCCCGUAUAUGGGAACAUUCCUUCAUCACAUUGAAUCUUGGUUUAGCUGAGAUCUUGACGACUGCAGAGAUAUCAGUGAAUGAUCCCCUAAACCAGCAUAUUGAACCAGUUAAUCAAAAGCCAAAUAAAGCAAUAGUGAGCACAACUGUGUACACGGAAGAGGCUGUCAGUGGUGAUGCCAAAGUGCCGUUCUGGAUUAUAGUCAGUAGCAUACUGGUUGGCAUCAUCAGUCUCAUUCUUAUUGUCUUUAUUUUAAGAAAGGUCGGAUUCUUCCAUAGGAAGCAUAAAGAGGAGCUUGAUCAGUUGAUAGAGGAUGAUAAAUGCGAGAUGGAAGGCCUUACGUCACGUCAAGCCAUUGAAGAAAUCUGGUCGAACGGCUUCCAUGAAUCCGAUGUAUUUUCAUAAAGAAUCUAGUCAGCUGACAUCGUUUUGAGCAUCAUCUUGGAGGUCCCCUUUAAGUCAGAAUCAAAACACUGGGAAAUAAAUACAUUGACUUACAGUAUUAUAAUGAGAAAAUACAAGGGUGUAUACCACUUGGCCUCAUAGCUGCGUUGGUAGUGUAUCCAAACGGAAAUCAGAAGAUCCUAUGUUCCAAAUAUUUAUUAGUAUACUAGUAUUAUAAUUGCCAACUAGCUCAGUUUAGCUUAGUUAAUGCAGUUACAGAACAGUUUUCCAAAAGCUUCUGGUUUGCUUCCUGCAUCGCCCACUAUUGUCUUGUUUUCACAGGGGUGGUGUUAAUGAGCUGUUGAAUUUUUGUAUUAAUUAAACCAACAUUACCAAGACUAAUGAGAUGGAACUUGGAUCUGAGUUAAGGUACAAACAAAUAGGAAAAUUUUGAGGGUAUUUUUUAUUUCUAUUUAAAUUUUUCGAACUUAACACAAAAACAAAACAAAUGAUACAAAAUAUGCAUAGAUUAAAAAAAAACAAAAAACACUUCCUUCAGUGGUAAACAGCAAAUACACGAAACAUAUAUUUUUAUACUAUGUCUGUAAGGGGAUCUCCAAGUUUGUUACUUAUGUCUUCUGAUAAUUUAGAACAUAAUGAUAUUUGAAUUAUUUUUGUCCAAAUUGUAUAAAAUGUAAUAUUUACUAAGGUAUAAAACAUUAUAAAAAGUUAAGUCCAACAAAGUAAUUUGACAUGCUUCAAUAUAUUUCUGAUACAGUAUCUUUAAACACUGAAAACCACGCUCAUUAUUCUUUCGUUAUUUCUGUCUUUCACUUUCCAGGUUUUUGAAACCGUAUGUCGUAAAAGCAUAAAAAUAUGAUAGUUUAAGUAAAAAAAUUAAAUACCGAUGAUUUAGGCCUGAAAUAUAGACAUGGAAGGUCCCAAAUUAUCGUCUCAAGUUUUAAGGACCACCCUCACAAAAUAUAGUUACUAAGGUUAAUAAAUUGUGAUUCAAGGUAGGAUGUCUAAGACCUAGACAUUGUUCAGUUUCCUUUACAGUCCUUAUAAAGGAAGGUUCAGUAGAAUUUUUGUGAAUCAAAUAUCCAUUUAUGCCAUUUGGUGAAGAUGCUUGCCUUCAGAAUUGUAGUUACAAAUCCUGUAACACCAUGAUUCUUUUAUUAGAGUAAAUUUAAUAGAGAUUAUUUUAAAAGAGUAUAGAAAAGAGUGAUUCACCCAAAUAUUUAGUUAUAGGAGGAUGCCAGCUUUCAUCUGUCUUCUUAACUAUUCAGUAAAACAUAGCCUAGUUUGUUUAUCUGCUUUUUCGUACAAUACAAUUUAUUUAUAGAGGGCAAUAGUUAUAUUGGGGAUGUUGUUUUUUGAAAAGAAUACAUUAAGAUUUACACAGGAGCACUUCCUGUAGACCAUCAGAGCACGUGGGUGAAGCUUCAUGGCAACAAAGGUGACUUCAAAUGCGUAACUAGGGGUGUGAUGUACUUUCAAACAGGACUGUGUUUAUGUUCAUUUCUAUGCUCUUUAAUAAAUAUAAGAGUAUAUUAUAGAGCAUCGUUCCAUUCUGGUAAUUGGCAAGUGUGCUUAUUUUUAGAUAUGAAGGAAAUAAAAAGAAUUUUAUAAAAGAAAUUAUAAAUAUAAGGAAAUAAAAUGAAUUUUAAAAUAUUAUAAAUGUAUACCAAAUUCUUCAGACAAUCACAGGAUAAGUAUGAAUGUUUUGUAUUUAUUUUGUUUUGCUUUGCUGCUUUUGCAUUGCUGCUUUUGCAAUGAAAUAAGUUAAAUGCUCAAUUCUGUACCAUCAUGAUAUGUGGAGCUGGUCCUGCCAAUCUUCUGUGUCAUUUCUUUACUACCAUUUACAGUACAUGUAAACCUAUCUCACCUAGCUCUAGUAUUCUGUACUGUAACAAUAACUAAAUGUACAUUGAAUUGUUAAUACUGCAAAAUGGAUUUGUGUUUGCCACUGACUUAUCGUAAAUAAUUUACUAAGAAAAUGUAUCUAUAACAGUAGCAACUUGUGCUGGCCCACAACAUAUUUUUUACAAUUUUUUUAAUAGAAAAAAUAUAAAAUUUUACAGGAAUAAAUGUGACAUGUACAAAAUUCAUUUUUUAAAAACUUGUAAAUAAGUUCAUGUUUUAUAUGUUUGGUGUUUGCUCUGUAUGCUAAGUGAUAAGUAUGUAAUUAAUGUUUAAAGGUUGUUUAAGGAAUGUAUUACUGUUAAUGCAGCUAUCAGAGACUGACCAAAUAAAUUUAGACAUUUUAUCUUAAAAUUUAU